AUGAUGGAGGAAGAAGAAUUAGAACUAGCUGAUGAUUUAGAGGCAAUUUUGCAUCUAACUCCAGAGGUGCAGCUAGCUAUUGAACAGGUUUUCCCCAGCCAGGACCCUCUUGACAGGGCAGACUUUAAUGCUGUGGAGUAUAUCAACACACUCUUCCCCACCGAGCAGUCUCUGGCGAGUAUCGAUGAUGUUGUAAAUAAAAUCAGACUAAAGAUCCGGCGUCUUGAUGACGAUAUCAGAACAGUAGUGAGAGGCCAGACCAAUGUGGGGCAGGAUGGUAGACAGGCUUUGGAGGAAGCCCAGAUAGCCAUCCAGCAGCUAUUUGGCAAAAUCAAAGACAUUAAGGACAAAGCUGAGAAGUCGGAACAAAUGGUCAAGGAGAUUACAAGAGACAUCAAGCAGCUGGAUCACGCCAAGCGCCAUCUAACUACCUCCAUAACCACCCUCAACCACCUGCAUAUGCUAGCAGGGGGUGUUGACUCUUUAGAAGCUAUGACCAGAAAGAGGCAGUAUUGUGACGUGGCCAACUUGCUGCAGGGAGUCGUCAACGUGCUUGAACAUUUCCAGAAAUACAUGGGCAUACCCCAAAUCAGACAGCUUUCUGAGAGGGUGAAGGCAGCACAGAGUGAGCUGGGGACUCAGAUACUUGCAGAUUUUGAAGAAGCAUUUCCUUCACAAGGCUCCAAGAGGACAGGUGGACCUAGUAAUGUGCUGAGAGAUGCCUGUCUGGUGGCAAACGUCCUCGACCCUCGCAUCAAACAGGAGAUCAUCAAAAAGUUCAUCAGGCAGCACCUCUCAGAGUACCUGGUUCUCUUCCAGGAAAAUCAAGAUGUUGCCUGGCUGGAUAAGAUUGAUCGGCGCUAUGCUUGGAUCAAACGACAGCUGGUAGACUAUGAGGAGAAAUAUGGUCGCAUGUUUCCUGAAGAAUGGUGCAUGACGGAGCGAAUCGCUGUGGAGUUCUGCCACAUCACCAAGGUGGAGCUGGCCAAGGUGAUGCGAACACGGGCAAAGGAAAUUGAGGUGAAACUUCUCCUGUUUGCUAUCCAGAGGACAACAAACUUUGAGGGUUUACUAGCUAAACGCUUCACAGGAUGCACCCUGACAGACAUACCUGGGCAGCAGAAGAGAGCAGAGAGCCCUCUAGACCAAACCAACCCUUUUUUAGAGGAUGAGCCAGGGGAGGAUGUGGGAGCAGAAAAGGAUGAAGAUCUUGCUAAGCCGAGGAAGCCCAAAGCUCCUGACAAUCCAUUCCACGGCAUUAUCUCCAAGUGUUUUGAACCUCAUCUAUAUGUCUACAUAGAAUCCCAAGACAAGAACCUUGGGGAACUGAUUGACCGCUUUGUGGCUGAUUUCCGAGCACAAGGCCCCCCCAAGGCAGGCACCGAGGAAGGCGGGGCAGUGCUGCCUAGCUGUGCCGAUCUCUUUGUUUACUACAAGAAGUGUAUGGUCCAGUGUUCCCAACUGAGCACAGGCGAACCCAUGAUCGCCCUUUCAACCAUUUUCCAGAAGUUCCUCCGAGAAUAUGCUUGGAAGAUCCUUUCUGGCAACCUGCCAAAAUCCAGCAGUAACAGCGGAGGGCUCACCAUCACCAGCCUGCUGAAGGAAAAGGAAGGUUACGAGGCAGCGAAGUUCACUGUAGAUGAGCUAUGCCUGAUCUGCAGCAUCCUUAGUACAGCAGAAUACUGUCUGGCCACCACACAACAGCUGGAAGAGAAGCUUAAGGAGAAAGUUGACAAGGUGCUGAUGGAGAGGAUAAAUCUGACCGGGGAGAUGGACACAUUCAGCACUGUGAUCUCCAACAGUAUCCAGCUGCUGGUCCAAGAUCUGGAUGCAGCCUGUGAUCCCGCUCUAAGUGCUAUGAGCAAGAUGCCAUGGCAGAGUGUGGAGCACGUUGGUGACCAGAGUCCGUAUGUCACGUCAAUCAUUAUGCACAUUAAGCAGAAUGUGCCCAUCAUCAGAGACAACCUUGCCUCAACUCGAAAAUACUUCACACAAUUUUGCAUCAAAUUUACAAACUCUUUCAUCCCUAAAUUUAUUAACCACCUGUUUAGAUGUAAGCCUAUCAGCAUGGUGGGAGCUGAACAGCUUCUUCUAGAUACACACUCCCUGAAGACCGUUUUGUUGGAUCUUCCGUCCAUAGGCUCCCAGGUGCUCCGAAAGGCGCCUGCCAGUUACACUAAGAUUGUUGUGAAAGGCAUGACGCGAGCAGAGAUGAUAUUAAAGGUGGUGAUGGCCCCACAUGAAGCACCAGUGGUGUUUGUUGACAACUACAUCAAACUUCUGGCUGAUGGGAACCCAGAGACCUUCCAGAAGAUUUUGGACAUGAAGGGUCUGAAGCGCAGUGAACAAAGCAGCAUGCUGGAGCUCUUCAGGCAGAGGUUACCCACUCCACCCUCUGGAGCUGACAGCGGCCCAUCUUUGUCCUUCAGUGCCCCCACCCCUGAGCAAGAGUCAUCUCGCAUCCGCAAACUGGAGAAGCUCAUCAAAAAGAGACUGUGAAGAGACGCAGAGCUUGAUCUGAACAGGCGCUGCUGUGGCCUUCAGGUCUUUUGCAGUUAAGACCUCAUUAGACUUGAUGUCCGAACUUUGCUAAAUGAUGGUAACACAAAACCAAUGUGAUGCUUGGUUAUGAAGAAACUUCCUCAACCGUUUUUUUGCUGUUGCAAAUGGCCUGUACUUCUGUAAUUUUCCACUGUUGAUUCUGUGACACUAACAUCGGCAAUCUUAGACAGCUAUAUGUGCUAUUGUUAAUUAAAUUCUGCUCAGUUUUUGCUCCUUUAUGUACCUAAUCUUGGAGGAGCCUGAUAUGAUGAAUGAAUUUAAUGUUUCUUUGGGUAAUUUUCUCUGAGGAUGGUAUAUCUUUAAAUUAACUGUUUUGGAAUGAGUGAGCUCAAAUAUUGAUUUAUUUCACUUAUAAAAAAGACUGAUAUCUGGUGUAGGUGAUGUUGAAUUAGCUGUGCCCUAUAAUAAUCAUAAUGUCUCAAAAAGAUUUGCUUAUUCAGGUCUGUGAACCAAUAUUUAACUAAAUGCCCUAUAAUAAGCAAACAUCAUAAGAGUACAUUCAGUGCCUCGCAAACGUGUUCAUAUCAUGUCACCUUUCAUCUAUAAACUCCAGGGUAUUUUAUUGUGAUUCUAUCCAAAAAAAAAGGGUAAAUCAUCUUGAUGCGGUGGGAAAAUAUUAACCCUUUUCAUAAUUUUUACAGAUAAAUGUCUGAAAUUCGAAUAAACCUCCUUGCAACCAAAUACCUUCACAAUCUAAUAGUGUGCAUUUUCAUCUCAGAAAUGGCUUGAGUUUUCAGAUUUUAUUUGUAUAUAUAAACAGAAAUAAACUGAUUCUCCUUCCACUUCAUAAUUUUGCACCACGUUUUUUUGUUUUAUGGCAUUCCAUUAUCAUGCACUAAAGGUUGUGUUUGUAACCUAAAAUACAUCCAGAAUGAAUACGAAUGUAAGGCACAUGUAGCUGUGUGUAAUUAGCUGUUUAAGCCAGUUGUUUAGAAAGCAGGUUGCAAACAUCCAGUCAGUGAUUCAAUAAAUAAUCCUUGUGUUAAUCUGGUAUAUUAAAUAAAACUAUUCUUUUGUUUUAAACACA